CAGACUCGUGACAUCAUGGCGUUUAAUGGCGUAGAAAGAUUCAUUGGCGUGUAUCACACUACCACUACAGACAACAUCAGACCCGUGACUGUGUCACCUGAAGAGAUGCAGAACUCUCCACAGGCAAAUUUUCCCUACCUGGAGGAGCAGAUUGGGCCGUUAAUGGAAAUUCAACGUUCCAGUCGACAAUGGAGCGACUUUUUCCGUCGCAAUGCAGUACAACGCAUUAUUUCAGCGACGGUAUUGGCACCAGCAGUAACGAUUUUUCUGUGGUUGUCACCAGCGUUUGCAACCACGACGGUCUGCAGCUUCAUGAUCAGUACGUGUGCGUACGAAUACGCGUGUCUGGCCAACCGUAUCCGACUGCGAAUUCUCACUCAGAUGAAGGUGAUGGAGGGACUAAUGAACGACAGUGAGCGUCGUUUGGGCAAUUUUACGUCACUGAAUAACACGCGUAGCAACCACAGCGUCACGAGCAGCAGGGACUCCGAAGUUGAUCCUGAACCGCCUUCACCUGUUGAGAGUGUUAUCUCAAUUAACUCGAUACGGACGAGAACGAGAACUUCACAGCCGGAUGCGAGGGCAAUCCAGGAAGAACGGGAGAACCGUGAGAUUGCGAUUGUGGACGAUGAAUUGAGAGAUCAGGAGGACAGGAUACACCGCUGUGCCGUAACUGGUGUCGCAGUGCAGUAUUUUGAAGGACAUGUGUGGUGGGCAGCAGCUUUUGUGUCGAUUCCUGUGUGUAUGGUGACAUCUGCUGUGUUUUUGCUAUCGAUCCAGUGGGUGGAUACGUUCGAAUCGACCGAGUUUUAUACGUAUCGGUGGUUUUUUGCCAUCCCGACGGGGUAUGUGGUCGCGCUGUGUGCGUGUUUGACGCCGGAUUGGCAGUACUCGGUGAUCACGUUGAUAAAAUACGGCGUCUUCACCAUUCUAACGUUACAUUCGACAGCAUGUCCGAUGAACGAACUGGACUGUAAUUUACUGAUGGGUACAUCAGAGAUUUUCCUCGGUGGGAUGGUAGUUAUCCUGGUAUUUCGUUUUGCUUCGACAUCUGGUAAGGCUGAGGCUUUCGUAAGCUUUAUGCUGGAUAUCGUUGGGUUAUUAUACGUGACUGGAACACUGUCGAUCCUAGUGGCUUUCGUCGAUGAUAACCACCGCACUUUAUACCGUAAAUUACUAAUUGCGUUGCUUUACAUCGUCUGGGCGUCCGAUACGGGAGCAUAUCUAAUUGGUAAAGUUCUCGACUACUUCCACUACCCGUACUACAAUCCCCUAGCAGCGCACUUGUCGAAGAACAAGGACUAUGAAGGCACUCUGGGCGCGAUCAUCUUCGGUAUCAUAACUAUGGUAGUGGCUUCCGAACUAUUGGACUUGCCCGGCUCUUUCGAGAUGAAAGUUGGUUUUACAGUUUUAGCAGUCGUCGUCGGACGAAUGGGUGAUUUAUUUGAGAGCUUGUUAAAGCGAGCUGCGGGGGUCAAAGACUCUGGAACGCUCAUCCCUGGUCAUGGAGGCGUAUUGGAUCGGAUCGACGCGCUCAUGUUUGCCACAAUCGUUUUCUCACGCUACUACGCUUUGCAGUCUUGAGAAGCCCGUUUCAGCAGAUUUAGGUGUUUAAUCCCUUCAAUCGACGUUGAAAUUAUUUUUGUUUAGACAUGUUUAA